CCGCCCGGGGCCCGCAGCCUUCCCCAGCCGAUGCCGGGGACUCGGACCCCGCGCCCUGAGAGCCUUUGUUAAUGGAUGUGGUGGCCCGAGGCACCACGACCAGGAGGAGCAGGUUGAAAAGAUCCGAUGGCAGUACUACUUCGACCAGCUUCAUCCUCAGACAGGGUUCAGCGGAUUCCUACACAAGCAGGCCGUCGGACUCAGAUGUCUCUUUGGAAGAGGACCGGGAAGCGAUUCGGCAGGAGAGAGAACAGCAAGCAGCAAUCCAGCUGGAGAGAGCAAAGUCCAAACCUGUGGCAUUUGCUGUGAGGACAAACGUGAGCUACUGUGGUGCCCUGGAUGAGGACGUACCUGUCCCAAGCACAGCCAUCUCCUUUGAUGCUAAGGACUUUCUACACAUUAAAGAGAAGUAUAACAAUGAUUGGUGGAUAGGAAGGCUGGUGAAAGAGGGCUGUGAAAUUGGCUUCAUCCCAAGUCCACUCAGAUUGGAGAACAUACGGAUUCAGCAAGAACAAAAAAGAGGACGUUUUCACGGAGGGAAAUCAAGUGGAAAUUCUUCUUCAAGUCUUGGAGAAAUGGUAUCAGGGACAUUUCGAGCAACUCCCACAUCAACAGCAAAACAGAAGCAAAAAGUGACGGAGCACAUUCCUCCUUACGAUGUCGUGCCAUCCAUGCGCCCAGUGGUGUUAGUGGGGCCGUCACUGAAAGGUUACGAGGUAACAGACAUGAUGCAGAAAGCCCUCUUUGAUUUCCUGAAGCACAGGUUUGAUGGGAGGAUAUCAAUAACAAGAGUGACAGCUGACAUUUCUCUUGCCAAGAGGUCUGUCCUAAAUAAUCCCAGCAAGAGAGCAAUAAUUGAACGUUCAAACACACGGUCCAGCUUAGCGGAAGUACAAAGUGAAAUUGAAAGAAUCUUUGAGUUGGCAAGAUCUUUGCAACUGGUUGUUCUUGAUGCAGACACCAUCAAUCACCCAGCACAACUUAUAAAGACAUCCUUAGCACCAAUUAUUGUUCAUGUGAAGGUCUCAUCUCCAAAGGUUUUGCAGAGGUUGAUUAAAUCUAGAGGAAAGUCCCAAAGUAAGCACUUGAACGUUCAACUGGUGGCAGCCGAUAAACUUGCACAGUGCCCUCCAGAAAUGUUUGAUGUUAUAUUGGAUGAAAAUCAGCUGGAGGAUGCCUGUGAACAUCUGGGCGAGUACCUUGAGGCGUACUGGCGUGCCACCCACACGACCAGCAGCACCCCCAUGACCCCACUGCUGGGAAGGAACUUGGGCUCAACGGCACUCUCACCAUAUCCCACAGCAAUUUCUGGGUUACAGAGUCAGCGAAUGAGGCACAGCAACCACUCCACAGAGAACUCUCCAAUUGAAAGACGAAGUCUAAUGACCUCUGAUGAAAAUUAUCACAAUGAAAGGGCUCGAAAGAGCAGGAAUCGCUUGUCUUCCAGUUCCCAGCAUAGCCGAGAUCAUUACCCUCUUGUGGAAGAAGAUUACCCUGACUCAUACCAGGACACUUACAAACCCCAUAGGAACCGAGGAUCACCUGGGGGAUAUAGCCAUGACUCCCGACAUAGGCUUUGA